AGGGCUAAAAGGAAUCUGCUUAUCUACUCACAGCAUGUUUUCACUUCCAUUAACAGAACCGAGUUGUUCGAGUGGCAAUGGGUUAUUCAGUGCUUUGUAAGUGAAACCUUGAUCUGGACACAGCACAUAGAUUGGUAAUGGGCAUUGCUUGUCCUGUCUCUGCAGCUUUGCAUUGCCAAACACUUUGUAUAUUUGCAAUGGAUCCUCAGCUUGAACGAUCACAGCCAUCCUCUCUUGAAAUUGAUUUUCUUCUGCAGAGAGAUGUUUGAAGCAAAACCUAAUUUGGCUUGUAUAAACUACAUUAGAUAAAAGAAGAUAUCCCUCAGAGUGUAUGAGAUCACCUUUGAAGCCAUUUUCACCUUACUGUGAAUAACAAGUUGCAGAAUAAAAGGCAUUUCUUACAGCUGAUCUGAUCUCUACCCAUCUGUGAGUUGGCUCUGCAAUGAGAUAAGCCUAUCUACUCUAAUUCAGGACAGGUGUACUGUAUUUCCCAAUCAUAUUAAAGAAACUCAUGAGGUCUGGUGGUGGAACCCAAAGCACAUUACUAGGACAAGUGAAACAGCUUUAUUUGCUUUGAGGGACCUGCCUUGCAAAGAAAAUGCCAGGCUGCUCCUGCUACCUUCAGGAGGCAGCAAGCUGGUUUGUGAGGCUCCACCUGGGCUGCCAGCUGGAAAGGAGCACAAUGUUUGCCCCUGGCUCUGGUCUAACGUCGGAGCGGGGCUGGCAAGCAGCAGGGACAACGGGAAGCCUCCAGAACCUGAAGAAAUUUAAUAACCAGGACUUCAACCACCUGCGAGCCUUGUGUUUGAGCCAAGGAGUGCUUUUUGAGGAUGCCACCUUCCCUGCUCAUGUCAGCUCCAUCGGUCCCAACCUGCUCCCAGAGGAUAAGCUGCGUCAAAUACACUGGAAGAGGCCAACGGAACUGCAGAGAAAUCCUCAUUUGAUCAUAGAUGGAGUUAGCAGAUUUGAUAUCAUGCAAGGAGAAAUAGGUGACUGCUGGAUGCUGGCUGCCCUGGGCUCCCUGACACUGCAGAAGCAAUUUUUGGGAAACGUUUUACCAAGGGAUCAAGGAUUCCAGAAUGAUUAUGCUGGGAUUUUUCAUUUCCGGUUCUGGCAAUAUGGAGACUGGGUGGAUGUAGUGAUAGAUGACCGGCUGCCGUUCCUAAAUGGAAGAUACCUGUCUGUACACCCUCGAACGUCUAAUGAAUUCUGGCCAUCCUUGCUGGAAAAAGCAUAUGCCAAGUUGCAGGGUUCCUACCAGCACUUGCAUGGGGGCUACCCUUCUGAUGCUUUAGUAGACUUCACAGGUGGAGUCCAAGUACAGUUUUCCUUGAAGGAUCCUCCUCCUGAUCUGCAUGAGAUACUGAAGGCAGCUGACAAAUCUCAUUGUCUGAUGGGGUGUAGCACCUCAGGCCAGCUCAUGAGGAAUAUAGAGCUGAAGAAUGGGAUUGUACAGGGUCAUGCCUACACUGUCACUGGAGCUGAGAAGAUACGCUACAAGAAUAGGUGGAUACACAUCAUCAGGAUCUGGAAUCCAUGGGGCCAUGGGGAGUGGAAGGGGGCUUGGAGUGAUAACUCUCCUCAGUGGGACCAUGUUGAGUCAAAAGACAGAGAAGCCCUCCUCAGAAACAAGGAUGAUGGAGAAUUUUGGAUGUCCUGUGAAAGCUUCCAGGAGCAGUUUUCCUGGCUGUAUAUAUGUAACAGCACUCCAACGUUUCUGGACUUUGGAGAUCAGCACUGCACAGCGUGGUCUCUGGAGAGGCACAUCAACCUGUGGAGACCAGUCCUUGCCACUGGCAGGAGUAACUAUUCCUCAGCAGGUGCAGUUUCAAUGAACCCUCAGUAUUUUUUCAAAGUGAUGGAUUAUGAACCAAAAACUUACAACGUGGUAAUUUCACUCAUGCAAAAACAUGCUGAGAAUGCGCAGGAUGCAAAAAACCUGAAAAUUGGCUUUUUGAUCACCAUGGAGAACUCCAAAGUUCUGAAACAGACUUUUGCCCUGACUCGAGACGUGACCACCUACUUUAUCUUGAGCCCAGGAACCUACGCUGUUGUUCCUGCUGCAAUGGAGGACCAAGAAUUUGAAUUCCUUUUAAGAAUCUUCAUGAAGAAUCACGAGUACAAUGAGAGCUCAAACUCCCCACCCAGCCCAGUGCCACCAAUGGAUCUACCAAGACAAAACCAGGACAGUUCCUAUAAGCCUAUCUUCCUACGAUACGCUAAGCAGGGCUCAGAAAUCGAUGCCUCGCAGCUGCAAGAACUCCUUAAUGAAGUGAUCCUGCAAGAUGAAAUGACCAGCCUGGGAGGAAGAUUCAGCUUCGAUUCAUGCAGAGGCAUUUUAGCUCUGAUGGAUCUCAGCUCGAACGGCCGACUCACACUGCAGGAGUUCGGGAGCCUCUGGCGAAGUCUCACUAAGUACACGGCUAUCUUCAGCAGGGAAGACAGAAAUCAGUCUGGAUUUCUGGAUAUAUCUGAACUGAAGAGUGCAGUACAGGCAGCAGGUCUGGCUGCUGAUGAUCAGCUCCUGCGCCUGAUGACCUUGCGGUACGGCGAUGCUGCCAGGAGAAUCGGCUUCUCUGACUUCGUGUGCUGCAUGCUGCGCCUUGAAACCAUGACCUAUGCAUUUCAAAACUUAGCAGAGGGCGGAUCACAGAUUUUGAUGACGGCAACAGAGUGGCUGACUCUUGUCAUGUACACCUAAAGAGAUGUCAGAGCUCAAUGUGGCUGGUGGCUUUUCUGCUCCUCUGCAGGACACAGCCCAAGGCCAUCCGACACAAGAGCCAUCCAUGGGGUGCUUGAAAAGCCACUGUGAAGGAGUGAAGCCAGGUUCCCCAUGGAUAUCUGCUUAUGCUUGAUGACACUCAGAUGUCAGGAUGAAGAGUCCUUUGCAGGCAAAGGGGAGCUGCUUUGGACAGAGAAGAGGAGAUAAUGAGAGCGCUCCAUGGGCGAGCUGCUAGUACUUAAUGGUCUGCUCAAGCUUGAAGUGCUGACUAUAGUAAUCUCCUUUCAUCUUCCUGUAAAUAGUAUGGCUGGUUCUCCUGUUAAUGCACAUUAGUCAGGAACAGCACCAUUAACUCUAUGGCAAACAAGAAUAGAAUCAGGCCUUUUGGGGAAGGAGUGUAUCACAUAGGUAACAAAAACAAUUAAGACACAGUUGUAUUUGAAUUAUUUCUUAAUUUGCUUGAGUGCUAUUUCUAAAUGCCAGAAAAAGGUUGAAGAAAUUAGUCAUAAUUCAUAAAUAUUGCCAGAAGCUUUGUGAUUUUUUUUAAC